AUGAGUCUUCAAAACGGAACCUCGCCGGUGCCGGCUCCAUCCUCGCUAUCAUUUACACAAGGGUUUCUUCUCGGGCAGCUUUCUGUCGUGUUGUUGAUCGGGGCCUUCAUCAAGUUCUUCAUUUUCGGCGAAGCACCUCCGUCUCCGUCCCGCGGACUCUCCCACCGCAACGCAACCCAAAGACGAACCAACUCUGUCUACAACGCAUCCCCGAACGAGGAGACAUCCAGAUCAUUGAGGGAAAAGCCUUCGACGUCUAAUGUCCUCCGUCCAGUGCCAUCAUCCGCAACGAACACCCGAUCCAUCCUCCGAAAAACCUACUACAAUGCUAUCCCUUCCACGCCCUCGAAGCAUGGUCGUCAGAGGAUGCACCAUUCAUCGCAUCAGCCGGAAUCGAUGGACUGGUUCAAUGUAUUGAUUGCUCAGACCAUUGCACAGUAUAGACAGACAGCCUAUUUGCUGAAGGACUCGCCUACGUCAUCGAUUCUCAGUUCCUUGAACGCGGCGUUGAAUAACCCGGAGAAGAAACCGUCCUUCGUGGAGAAGAUUGCGGUUACGGAUAUUUCCCUAGGGGAGGAGUUUCCGAUUUUUAGUAACUGUCGCAUUAUUGCUGUUGAUGAUCCCAACACCGAUGGUGGGCGACUCCAAGCGUUGUUGGAUGUCGAUUUAAGCGAUGAUAACCUCUCCAUCGCUGUUGAGACUUCACUAGUGCUUAACUAUCCCAAACCGCGUUCCGCCAUCCUACCAGUUGCACUAUCAGUCUCUGUUGUCCGAUUCUCGGGGACAUUAUGUAUCUCCUUGGUCCCAGCAUCUACGCCACCCCUCCACACGCCAUCUCCAUCUCCGUCGCGCGAUGCAGACGCACGCCCGCAAACUGGUUCUCCUGAGGUCAACCAAUCUGGCGCUGAUGCGCAAGAUGAUUCUUCGAGGUCUAAUAGUCCGAAAAGCAACGUCGCAUUCUCGUUUCUGCCCGAUUAUCGGCUCGAUCUCUCAGUCCGCUCGCUCAUUGGCUCACGGAGUAGGCUCCAGGACGUGCCCAAGGUUGCACAGCUAGUCGAGGCUCGGGUGCAUGCAUGGUUUGAGGAACGUGUUGUCGAGCCCCGAGUCCAAGUCGUCGGACUACCAGAUCUUUGGCCGCGUAUGGGUCGGACAGGCGUGAGGACGGGCGAUGAAUCCGAAACAGCCUCCAACCCAGCGUCGCACACCGGCCAAGCUACCGAUAUAGCCGUCCCUAUUCAGAACGAUGAGAAUGAUGGGGAAGCACCAGGGCUAAGGUUCCGCGGGUCACGUCCAUCAUAUGAUAGCGCUUCGCGGACCAGCAGCUAUAACGUUGAGACGGGUGGCCUUAGGAGUCGGAGUAUGACUCGUGAUGAUAGCGGCGGAGAGUUCCAGAUGCCUGGGUCUAUGCCUAGCAGCGUGGUUGCUAACUGA